AAUGGGCAAAUACCCUUUUUUGGGAAAUUAAACAUUCGUUUGCCCUCUUUCUGAAACUAAAUAGGGAAUUGCCCCUCUUUUGUAACUCGACAAUAGAGAAAUCGAGUUUUAAUGAAUAACUUGAUAUUUGUAUAGUCGAGUUAGUCUGACCCUUCGAAUUUUUCCCAAUAAAAAAAUGUUUGUGUAGACGGUCAUAACUCGGGAAACUGGAAAUCGAGUUAUUUUCAGCGGUUUGAAUCAAUAGGACCCUAACGUCUCACAACGCUAUUCAGUCACUCGCUCUCCCUGUACACUCUCUUUCCCUCGCUCUCUGCCAUCACUCUCUCUCCACACUCUGUCUCUCUCGCUCUGCGAUCAGGCUUCCCCACUCUUCCUCGAGUCUCCAUUAGUCGUCGUUGGUUCCCGCCGCCGCUGAUUACAGAUAUGCAGGCACUAGAUAGAGUGCGGCCUGGACCCGAUGUGGAUACCCAGUUGGCCCAGCAGCCGAAUCAUCGGUCAAGUCCACUUUGGAGGUGCGCCGCUGACGAGGAGGCGCCUGGCAUGAUAAAGGUUCGACGCCGUAAAUGUGUAUUGCCACAGGGUGGGUUAGAUCCACGUAUCAUGCAACACAUAGAUGCAGCAGGGUUGACUGGUUUAUUCAAGGUUCCUGAUAUGGAGGUCGACCACGCCUUGAUCACGGCGUUGGUUGAGCGGUGGCGUCCGGAGACGCACACGUUCCACUUACCCCAUGGAGAAAUGGGUAUCACCUUGCAAGAUAUGGAGGUGAUGCUGGGGCUUCCGGUGGAUGGGUUGCUUGUCACUGGGAAGACAGACUACAAAUGGAGUGAGCUGUGCGAACAGUUGUUGGGCCAUAAACCUCCACCCCCGAUACCAAACUCAAACAAGUCUACCCUUGCUGGGGCGAGGAUAAGAUACACCUGGCUUGAUGCACAGUUUGCCGAUCCCUUAGUUGUGGAUGCUGCUGACGAAGUCGUGCAGCAACAUGCCCGCUACCACUUACUUGUACGGAUGGGGGCCCUCUUGUUCAUGGACAGGUCUGCGGACCGGGUCUCAUUGCUGCCUCUGCAGUUGCUCAACCCAGUCAGCAAUGCGAGACGGUAUAGCUGGGGUAGUGCAGCAUUGGCCUGGCUGUAUAGGCAACUUUGUGGUGCAUCGAAGAAGGAUGCGAUGCAGAUUGGAGGAGCACUCUUGUUGGUGCAGUUAUGGGCCUAUUCAAGGUUCCCACAAUUAUGCCCUGUUGUGAGGCCGCCUCUACCGCCAGUGCACUCAGGGCCCCUUGCCAUUAGGUGGAGCGGGCCAAAAUGCACCGCAGAGCAUGCCACACACGUCCUUACUGCGUACCGGGCGUCACUGGCUACAGUACGGGCCGAGCAGAUUGUAUGGGAGCCGUACACGCAUACGCUAGGCUCCCUACCUGCGUAUUGCACUGCUGGGCAGCAUAUUUGGAGGGCCGAGGUGCCGUUGAUAUUCUUUUGGAUAGUGGAGUGGCAUCAUCCUGAGCGAGUCCUCCGUCAGUUUGGGAUGAAGCAACCAGUUCCAAGUGUCGUGGAUACGUCGACUACCCUUCACAAGAUAUCCCUUCAGGGUAAAUGGGAGAAGAACUGGGAGGUAGAACAUGAUCCCUUUAUUCGGCAAUGGGCCAACCGAGUGAAUGUAGUUCGCGGGUCCGAUCUCCUAGACGAUGAUGAUACGUAUCUCGUUGAGUACAUGAUGUGGUACAAUCGCCACACAAGGCGGUACAUAACACCAGAGUCUGCGUAUUGGGAACUCAUGGUUCGGACGAUGAUUAGGUCUAUACAGAGGUGCGAUGAAGGUUCUGACAUGCACACUGACCUUACAUUUACACUAGAGCUUGUGGAGGAGCUAGGCCGACUUAAAUUGGCGAAUGCGCUUGCAGAAGCAGUUGACAUUGAUACACAGGCCCCAGUUCGUGGCGGGCAACGUGGUGGGUCUCGUGGGGGUGGACAUCGUGGAGGUGGUCAAGCUGGUCGCAGCCGUACGACCGAGUCGGCUCCCAUCUACGAGGAAGGGAAUGAGGAGGGUGUAGAAGAGGCAUGGCUUGGCACUGAUUGGGUACUGUCUGAUGACGACGGCAGGACACCGUGAUGCACGCCUGGCGAUGGUGCUGGGCCAUCCCAUAGCGUCGAUCAUCAAGGCACUGUUCCAGCCCACACUACAUCCCAUGGUGGUAGCACGGACUUUGAGGGCCCUCCUCGUAUGUCGCCCCCAGUUUUCAGUGGAUCUGCCCAUGAUGGUGGAUGCAUAUUUGUCCCCACACCAGGCAUGCCCACCCCACCUCUAAGCAUGUGGACCCCACCAUGUCAGCUCCAUCUCAAACCGCCCACGAAGAGGCUGUACAGAUUGAGCAGAUACCGGCUGAGGACAUUGAGCCGGUGGAGGCUUUGCGGAGAUCGCGACGCCCGCGUGCGCAUGCUCCCGAUUGCGGGACCGGUGAUGGUAAGAUUAGACCUGUCAGGGCAUAUGGGCGGAAACGAAAAGAUCAUUAAAUGCCUUAGUGUAUGCUUAUACUUCCUGCCUAUAGGUGACUGCAUAGUUACGUUUCACUUUUCUUCUAAAGUCGUAUUUUUUUUUUUAGACCUAACUGCAAUGGUGGACACGAAAAGGCCAUUGAGCUGGAUUGUCCUUGUGUGCUUAUUCUUCAUGUGUAUAGGUGACUGGAAUAAGCAUGCAAAAUGUUCUACUAAUUGGGGAGAAUCUUGGUGGCUGUGCAUCUAUUUCUGGAUCAUUGCUUGGGGAGAAUACUGGCUGUCAAUGUGUUUGUUGUCAAGAAAUUGAUAUUUUGGAGAAAACCCAUAAGGUGUAUUGUAUUUAUUGAUGUAUUAGGAAGUUUUUCUGCACUUGGAGUUUUGAUUGCAAUUUGACAAAUGUCUGGAUUGGUAUUCAUUUGAAGCCAAACUUUCUUGUGUUUUUGUAUGUUGUUAGCUACAGUAAAGUGGGUUGUAAGAGAGUAAUUUGUUUUUUUUAUUUUUGUUAUUUUUGUGAGAAACAAAUGUGUGGUAUUGUUGAUAAGCAAGAAGAAGUAAUUUGAUACUUUCUGUAAAAGAGUUUGAUGACGAAGUUUAUGCGGAUCAAUGGCAGAACCAACUCCUUUGUAGCAAAUCAUUUAUCCGAGUCUCUACAAUGCUUGGCUAGCACAUUAAGACGUUGGAGAAGUGGCCAACCUUCAGAAUCCUGGGAGGCUCAUAAGGCAGCAAUCCAAGCACUCAUAAAGCUGCCUUCAGGCGAGCUUGUUACAGGUUCAAGUGAUACAACUUUAAAACUUUGGAGAGGAAGCAAAUGUACACAUACUUUUGUUGGGCAUACAGAUCAAAUAUAGGCUGAUGCACUUGUUCUGAGGGGGAUCAGUUGCACAUUUGAGGAAGGGCACAAAAUACGUAUUGUUGGCAGAAUUGGCAGUGGCAAGACCACUCUCAUAGAGAUGAACCUGUUUUGUCCAGUGGAGCUAGCUAGAGGGAAGAUAUAGUAAUGUAUCUAUUGAAACCUGUAGUAUUCCAUGUAAUGUUCACUUUUUACGUAACUUUUAAAUUUUAAGUGUUCAUUUUUUUUCUAAUUCAGAAUAAUAUUACAAGGUACAUCAUAAUUUUAGGGUUUUA